AUGAUAGUGUCGACUGUAAUUAUCAUUAGCAUUGAAACAUCAAUGUUGCCUUAUGAAGGUGAUCCGUUAUCACCAGAAAACCUUAUACAAGAGAAUAUAAAACACUUCUGUCGGUUAAUGCAAUUCGCGAAACAACUAGGUCCUCCAAUAUACCCGGCAAAAGUUACAAAUGGCAACAUUACACAUAUUCAUGGACUUUCCUGCGUGAGCAACUCUAGCCUUUAUAUGAUAGCCGUUGACAGCGUUCAGAAUCAUCACUUCCCUGAGGCCCUUGGUAUCGACAUCACUAAGAAGAAGGAUAUGACUGCUGUUGUUAUAUUAGACAGUAAGCAAGGAAGUCAGUACGUCCUUUCAGAAGAUUAUAGCGCGAAGUCAGUGAGGGAUUUCAUUUACAAUUUCACACACAAUAAUUUGAAGAGAUCGCUGCGUACGCACGUGGCUGACGCCGCCCACACGCAUUACUAUGGCUCGAACACUACAAUCGGGGAAUGCGAGAAUAUUAUUAAUAUAACUGAUUUAACAACACACACCUUUAGAAGAUUUGUUAGGACACCGGGAACUUUGAGCGUGGUGGCGGUGUGCGGUGGGUCGUGCGGUGCGCACGCGAGUCGUGCGCUGGCGAGCGCAGCGCGACUGCUGGAGCGCUGUGGCCUGCGCGCGCGCGCUGCUCGCCUCGACGCCGCGCGCCACGACCUGCCCGCGCACCUCGACCUGCACGCCUACCCCGCCUUGCUCGUGUUUCACGCUGACGGGAGCGGCGAGGCGGACAGCCGCGCGUACCCGGCGGGCGAGCGCGUGUCUACGGGCGGGCUGGUGGCGCUGGCACUGCGUGCGCUGCCCGCGCCGCGUCGCCUGCUCGUGCGCCUGGCGCUCUGCGCACACCACGCUAAUGUGGGGAAGGGAGCGUGUUUAAACGACAUAAGGGAACAUAUUACCACAGUAAUUGGCAGAAACUUAAAAUAUUGGCGUCAAACAGACGUCAGGGAACUCAAAGACUCCAUUUUAAAAAGACUGCAGCAUCUAAAUCAGGUCUCACUGUACCUGAGUCUCCUACAUACAAAUGAUCUCAAGGAAAAUAACACGAAACAGAAGUUACUACUAAAUGCAAUCGAAGCACUUACAGGUGCUUGGAAAAUAGAUAUCUCGAUGUUAAGAAAAAAUGUCACCACUACAGAUCGAACCAGAUGA